ACGAAAUGAGGCGGGCAUCCAACCCGUCGCUCGAUUUCUGCAUGGCCCUGCAGAGGAAGCUGGCCACGAUUGGGCGUCAUGUAUCUCAGCCCGUGUCAGCAGGCAAACGACCUGCCCAAGGAUCGUGCCUCCAGAAGUCAAGUCACUUGAACUUAAUAGCUGCUGGCGACCCCGCAACUGCAUCAGUAACUGGACCCUGUCUCCCAGAUGUGACUCUUCUCCGACAAAAUAGAGGCUAGCACCUUAGCUCCAGCGCCCUAUCCACUAUUUCGGCGCCGUCUUCGGCCUGGGGGCUCUGGCCUCUAGAGAUUGACAACAACCAGACAAAAGGCGGCCUUGGAGUUUACGUCACGUAAAAAUGCCCUCAUCGUCGCCAGACACCGCGUCGCCUUCCCUUCCCGAAUCUGCCGCUGUCCGGCCCAUCGCUUGCAACGAGUGCCGACGUCGGCACACGUCAUGCACCAGAGACCGGCCGAGGUGUCAGAGAUGUCGUGAGGUCUCUCUCGACUGUAUCUACGAGGAGGGGGGUCGCAACAUUACAGUCAAGGAACAGUACCUCCGAGAUCUGGAGUUCAAGGCAAAGGCUUAUGAUGACGCCCUUGCCGCCGCGAGCUCUCAGGGGCCCGCUUCAGUCCCCAUCCCGGCAAGAUCGCGACCACCCGCUCCGUCCGCCGUGGACGAGGACGAUGAGGAAACUGUCGACGGGAACGCGCUCCUCGAGGUCUUUCGUCGCAUGGAUUUCCACGAUGCCGAGUCCCGGCCGUCGACGAACCCUCGGGGGAGCUUCAAGGGCCCUGGUCACUCUGACCCGUUUCUGCGUAGUAUCCGUAGACUGCCUGGCGUGAAGUACCCUGACGAUGUCAGCCUCGAUCUCGACACCAGCUUCUACGAACCUGGCUUGUUGGCGCCUCGGCGGCUCUCCGUCAGGACUCACCUGCGGUUACCUCCCAUCGACACGGCCCGCUGGUACUACGCCGCCCAGUACACCUACAUCGGCACCAUCCUCUCCUUCUCAGACCCGCAAACCUUCGAGCGCGACUUCCUCGAGGCCUACCACAGUCCGCCCCCGGAUCUGGCCGAUUCCGAAGCAUGUUUGCGCUUCGCCAAAAUCCUCGUCAUUUUGGCUUUUGGUCAGCUUUACUCCAUCAACCAAUGGGUGGAUUUCAAAGGCCCUCCAGGGUUCGAAUACUUCUCCCAUGCCCUGCAGCUUCUGCCCGAUGUGCACGAGGACGGCUCCGUCCUGUGUGUCGAGACGCUGUCCCUUAUCGGCUACUUUAUGCAGAACAUGAACCGCCGCGACGCUGCCUUCCUAUAUAUCGGCAUGGCCCUACGCAUGGCCAUCUCUCUGGGGUUGCACCAGGAAAUCCCGCCAUUGCCCGACAGCAAUCACCAGACCGCUAUCAGCGAUGCGGGGCGUGAGCACCGUCGCCGUGUCUGGUGGAGUAUCUACAGCCUCGAUCGCAUCCUCUGCGCCAAGUCCGGGAAUCCCAUCACCAUCCAGGACGAAGACGUCGGCGUCCACCCUCCCUCGCCCCUGCCUUCAGAGCCCGAGUACUGCCCGGCCUUGGUGCUACGCCACUACACGGAGCUGUCACGCAUCUUGGGCGAUGUCAACAAACACAUCUUCCGCCGCGGCGCCGGCAAGUCGUCCAUCGCCCAGCUGAUGGCCUCUGUCAAGGACAUCAUGCUCGCCCUGACCCGCUGGCGCUGUGAGCUGCCAAGACAGCUCUGCUUCCACCCGGCCCGCCUGGCCAUGUCGCGCGAGUCUGUCUCAACUCUGGUACACUACUAUCAGUGCAUCAACAUGACGGCCCGCCCGUUGCUGUUCCACGUUGUCAAAAAACGCCUCCUCAGUGCUGCGGCUUCAUGUAGCGGCAAUAGCAGCGGCAGCGAAAAGGGUAAAAGUACGGCCACCAACAGAGACAGCUGGGGCGACUGGAAGGAGGGGCUGUCUCGCACUACCGUCAACGUCAUUGAGAUGUGCGUCGACGCCGCCCGUGACUCUAUCAAUCUCAUGAGCAUCGCCGCGCAGAGAGAUCUUGUUGCCACAUAUGGAUACAUGGACAGCGAACACAUCUUUUCUGCCUCCAUCGUCCUCCUCAUGGUCUGCAUCGCCUUCCCUGCAGAUGCGCAAAAUACCCAUGCUAUGAACAUGGGACUGAACCUGCUCCGCGGCAUGGGCGAGCGUGGCAACAGCUACGUCAGCGCUCGGUACAAGCUGCUUGAUCAUCUCCGGUCCAUGGCUCACCACCAAAACCAGGCCCCGAACACGGCCUCGGGUGCUUCAAAGACGCCAGCAGUUCCGAACCAAGAAUCCAUGGCCGCGUCAUUUGCGCCGCCAGCCUCGCCGCCGCUGGCAGCGUCGCCUCCCAUCCAAACAGCGGCAGCCCAGUCUCCCUACGCAACCGCUGCUGCUGAUAUUUCCAGGAGGAGCAGUAGCUUCGGCAGCGCAGCGUACCAGCAUCUGGACCCUCUAGGACAAGUCCUACCCGCCAGCCCAGCCGUGACAAUACCUAACACAGGCCUAGAUCAACGAACCCUUGUCUUUGGCCCCAUUCCCGUUGCAAGCGGGUCUACCGCGUACUGUAGCCAGUCUUCGGCUCCUGCGAACGGCGGCGGCGUGGACAUUUCCCACAUGUUUGGCAGCGCCGGAUUCAGUCCGGGCAGCGUCGGCAGCGAUCCGUACACGGGCGUUCCCGUAUUUGGUGUGAGUAACAGCAGCGGCGGCAGUGUCUUCUCCGGCGAGCCGGGAGACUUUGGGACCAGCUUUGGCGUCGGCGGCGCAAGCGGCAGCAGCACCAUGCUGUUCGAGCCCGGGCUGCGUCUGCCAGACGCGGACGCGGUCGAGGCCAUGUUCUUCGACGUCAACAUGGGCAACAUGACGGGCGACGACUACAGGCUGUGGGAGGCUAGCUUUGUGGACCCGUCGGCGUACGACAUCUCGCAGCUGACGCACGCGGCCGAGAUGGCUGUCGAGUGCGGCGGCGGCAUUGGCGGCGGAGAAGCAGCUGUCGGUGGCGAUGGAGCGGAGGCGGGGGCUGCGGGUGCUGGCCGUAGUGGAGAUGCGGCGGCGGACCCUGUUGGCCAGGGCAUGAACAUGAGCAUGGAGUUAUGA